CAAUUAGCAAAUAGUAUUUCUUUAUAUCGGCUUGGCCAAUAGCAACAAGCAACGCUCCUGAUCUUACGGUCACGUGGUACAUGAGUCAUAUCUAGAAACGAUCAACAGAAGAAAGAACUGCAGGCGAAUUGUCGAGACGGUUCAAUGCCUUACAAAUCUCGAAAAGUAUGCCGCGUCGAGGCAGUUCCAGAGGAGAGCACAACAAUCAACAAUCCACUUGAUGUCCUACAAGAUCUUAAUCUAAAUGGAGAAGGUCAGAACAGCAAACUUCAAGAAGCAGCCGAGGAAGGAAAUUGGAAGGUGGUUGAGUCGUUGUUGGAGGGAGGCGCAAAACCCACAGGAAAGUUCAUCAACGGCUGGACACUUCUGCACUACGCUGUUAAGAGUGGCAACCUUGAAACGAUCAGGUUGGCCCUGAAGCUAAAAUGUCUCAUCUCGGAACAAACCCUUGCUGGUUCGACCGCCCUUCACCUGGCAGCCGCCUUUGCUGGGGAGGACAUCUGUGAAUUUCUAAUCAAGAAUGGCAUUGACCACAAAGCAGUCAACAGAAAUGGCAUGAAUGCCAUGCAUGUGGCAUGUCGGAAGGGCAACCUGGAAUGCUUAAAAUAUCUGCUCGGCCAAGCCAAGUUGUUUAAUUUGAACAAAAAAACGCCACAAAAAGAAACUGCUCUGCACUUAGCAACUAAAUCUGGUAACUUGAGUGUAAUAAAGUUCCUAAUGAGCUUCUCUGGUGUCAGCUGUAAUGCACCUGAUUUGAAGGGCUGCACUCCUUUUCUCCUUGCUGCUAGUUCUGCAGACGUCGAAGUUAUCCGAUUCUUCAUCGAGCAUGGAGCUGACUUGGCGUCGACAACUUCAGAAGGUCGGAACGCCUUGCAUUUGGCGUGCCAAGAAGGAAAGGUGGAAAACGUUGAUUUUUUGUUGAGCACCGGUCAGUUUGACUUGGCCAAAAAAGACCUUGAAGGUUACCAGGCCAUCCACAUUGCCACGAUCGAAGAGCAUUGCAACGUCAUCGACUUGCUUUUGGAAAAGGGCGCCGACCUUGAGGCUCGAACUGGCUGCCAUCAAGAACUGACACCUUUGCUUUUGGCUGCCGAGUGCUGCCAACUGGACACAUUUAAGUUUUUGCUCGAGAGGGGCGCUGACCUGGACUACGAAGACACCAUGUACCAUGACGCUUUCCACUUGACCUGCUAUGGCGAUAAUUUGAGUGUAGCCCGUUACCUGGUGGAGAUUGGAAAAUAUGACUUAGAGAAGAGGAAUGUCAAUGGAAAGACGCCGUGGAUCAAAUUGGCACAUGAUAGCUGCAUUGAAUUUAAGCGCCUUUUGGUGGAGUUGGGCGCCGAUAUCCACGCCACGGACAACUUCAACCUGAGCGCCCUGACCAUUGCCGCGCAGUUCAGCAGCGUGGAGAAAUGCAAGUACCUGAUGUCCCUUGGUUUAGACUUUGACGUACUGACCAAGGACGGCGGAACCGCCUUGCACCAAGCGUGCGUGUCUGGCAACCUUGCCACGGCCAAAUUUAUUCUGGAAUUGGGACGCCUGGAUGUUACCGACAAGCAAAGGGAUGGCUCGACUCCUUUGCAUGUGGCAGCGGGCAGAGGCCACUUAGACAUGGUUAAACUGCUUUUAGAAAAUGGCGCAGAACUCCAAAGUUUAAAUGAUCAUGGCUUGCUGCCCUUUCACUGCGCCGCCAGGUCAGGAAACGUCGCCACUCUGCGCUUUUUCAUUGAGGAAUGUGGGUUUCUGCUUGAGAAGACGGGUCGAGGUGAUAACGCACUCCUUUUGUCUAGCAAGAAUAAAAAAGUGGACGUGAUGCAAUAUCUAGUCGAAGAUCUGGGCUUGGAAACUGACAUAGUUGAUUCAAAAGGCUCGGGUUUGUUUCUAAAUGCUUGUUUUGGCGGAAACAUAGAAUCUGUCCGCUACUUAAUUGACAACGAUUUGGACCCACUGGUUCUGAACAAUUACGGCGAAGGCGCGCUCCACCAAACUGCAAGAUGCUACCAUGACAGUAGCUUACUGAUGAAGUACCUGGUGGAAGAACUGAAGUUGGAUGUCAAUCUCUGUUCGAAAAAUGGAGCUACGCCUUUACUUCUAGCAGCAGAGUUUGGAAGCGACGCCACUUGUCGCUGGCUCUUGGAGCACCCUGACGUGAAUCUCAGGGCAGAAAAUCGUUACGGGAACGACGCCCUGCUAUGCGCGUGCAAUGGGGGUAAGCUGGAGAACGUGGAGGUUCUUUGGGACAGUGGCAAGUUCUGCAUCAACACUGAGAACAAAGACGGCCAAACGGCGCUUCACCUGGCAGCUGGAAACGGCUGGUCUAACUCGUUGGAGCUGAUCAAAUUUUUGGUGGAGACUGCCGGCGCUGAAGUGACUGCGGCAAACAAAUAUGGGUGGACGCCCUUGCACGUAGCCGCCAAGCUUGCAGACCUUUUGGUGAAUGAGUACCUAGUUUCAAAGGAGGACUCGCUGGUGUACCGUAAGACAGCCGACGGCGCAAUACCUUUGGACUUAGCCAAGCAAAACCAAGACAGAUCCGUUCUUGCAUUUUAUGAAAGCAGAACCAAGAUCAUAAUUCAAGACCAAGGGCCGCGCAAUCAGCAGGGAGGAAGCUGGAGAAACGCAAAUGGCAAUCAAACACCAAAGCAAAAUCCAAGAAAUCCAGCAUAUGGCCAUCAACUAUUUAAUUCCAACUGGAGCCUGCCAAUUCAUUAUCUAAACAUUAAUUUGUCAGGUGCAAUGAAGCGCCGUCAAUUGAAAGUACUCCGGUGCAAUGGAGAUAAACUACAGGCUGACUAUUUCCUACAAAACCCUAACGCAGGUGGAGGAAAUUCGGAACUAUAUGUAGCAGCUGAAAAAGGAAAUUGGCAGCUGGUCGAGUCUCUGUUGGAUGGCGGCGCAAAUCCUACAGAAAAGUCAAGUAUGGGCUGGACGCUUCUGCACUUCGCUGUCAAGAGCGGGGACCUUAAAACGGUCAGGUCGGCUCUGAAGGGAAAAUGUCUCAUCUUCGAGAAAACCAAUAGCUGCGCCACUGCACUCCACCUGGCAGCUGCUUUUGCUAGGGACAGUGUCUGCAACCUGCUCAUCAUCAAUGGUGUUGACUGCGCUGCCCUUGACAGCUCUGGCUUGAACGCCUUGCAUGUGGCUUGUCGAAAGGGUAACCUGGAAAGCCUCAAAUACCUGAUUGGUCUAGAGCAAUUUUUUCCGAUCGGCCAAAAAUCGCCCAAGAAUGAAACUGCUCUGCACUUUGCAACCAUGUCUGGUAACUUGGCAUUGGUAGAAUUCCUAAUGAACAACGGUCUUGACUGCAACGAGCCUGACUCGGAGGGCUAUACUCCAUUUCUCCUGUCCGCCGGUGCUGCAGACGUCAACGUCGUCUGCUUCUUCGUCGAGAAAGGAGCCAAUUUGUCUUCGGCAAACAAGACUGGCCGGAACGCUUUGCACUUGUCGUGUCAAGAGGGAAAGCUGGAGAACGCGCGCUAUUUGCUGAGCACCGGCAGAUUCGACCUGGCUCAAAAAGAUCUCCAAGGUUACGAAGCAAUCCAUAUUGCCACAAUUGAAGAACACUGCAACAUCCUCGACCUUCUUUUAGAGAACGGCGGAGACGUCAACGCUUGUACCGACUCCAGUCUGCAAAUGACUCCUUUGCUGCUGGCGGCGGAGUGCUGUCAGCUGGACACUUUCAAGUUCCUAGUCGAGAGGGGCGCCGACCUAGACUUGGAGGACACUAUGUCCAACGAUUUGUUCCUCCGGAGCUGCUACAGCGAAAACAACUUGGAUGUAGCGCGUUUCUUGGUGGAGAUUGGCAAGUAUGACUUGGAGAAGAGGAACGUAACUGGAAAGACGCCAUGGAUCAGGCUAGGCCACAGCAGCAGCAUCGAAUUCAAACAGUUUCUUGUUGACUUAGGCGCCGAUGUCCACGCCACGGACAAUUUCAACAUGACCGCCCUGACCAUGGCGGCGCAAUACAGCAGCGUGGAGAACUGCAAGUACUUGAUGUCCCUCGGUAUGGACUUUGACGUGCUGACCAGGGACGGCGGAACUGCCUUGCACCAAGCAUGCAUCUCUGGCAACGUCGCCACGGCUAAGUUCAUUCUGGAAUUGGGACGCCUGGACAUUAAUGCCACACAAGAAAAAGGUUUGACUCCUCUACAUAUGGCAGCAGGCAGAGGCCACCUUGAUAUGGUAAAAUUGCUUGUGCAAAGCGGCGCAAAGCUUGGGAAACGGAGCAACAAGGGUCUGCUGGCCUUCCACAGUGCUGCCAGGUCGGGUGACAUAGCAUGUGUACAAUUUUUUGUUGAGGAUUGUGAGGAUUGCGGAUUUCUGGACGGGGAGACACAUCAAGAUGAGACCGCCUUAUUUCUGGCAAGCCAGAACAGAAACGCUAAUGUUUUGCAGUAUCUGAUCGAAAGAGGCGCCAGCCCUAGCAUUGUCGGCUCCAAUUGGAAGAAUGUGUACCUAAGCGCCUGUUGCGCUGGAAAUGUGCAAUCGGUCCGCUAUUUAGCAGAGCUUCACAAUGCUGACCCCUUCGUUUUGAAUAAGAAUGAUCAAGGCGCACUCCACCUUGCUGCCCGAAGUCUCUUUGACUGCAGCAGUCUAUUAGGGUACCUGGUGGAAGAACUGAAGCUGGACGUAAACCUCCGUUCGAUUAACGGAGCUACACCUUUGCAUCUAGCAGCAGAGUUUGGAAGCGCCGUCAAUUGCCGGUGGCUCUUAGAGCACCCAGACGUGCAGGCGACGGAGGAAAAUGUGCAUGGGGACGACGCCCUGCUACGUGCUUGCUCUGGGGGUAAGCUAGAAAAUGUCAAAGUAAUUAUGGACAGUGGCAAAUUCUUCGUUGACAAGAAGAACCAAAGUGGACGUACGGGUUUGCACUUGGCAGCUAAAAUAGACUUCAUAUGGCUGGUCAAAUUUUUGGUGGAAAGCGCCGGCGCCCAAGUGGCCGUGCAAGACCAACAUGGAUGGACGCCCGCGCAUGUAGCCGCUAAGUUUGCAGACGUCAAGGUGAACGAGUUCCUUAUUUCAAAGGAAGAUUCGCUGCUGUACCAGAAGACUGCUAAUGGCGCCCUACCUCUGGACGUGGCCAAGCAAAACCAAGACAAAUCCGUGCUUGCAUUUUAUGAAAGCAAAACUAAGAUUUACAGUAAAGACCUAGGGCAGAGUAGAAACGAUCACAGUCAAUCUACGUCAAAAAGGGGCCGAUCAGCUUAUGGCCAUCAAAUUUUCGAUUCUAACUGGAGGUCUUAAUUCAAUUUCCGUUUCUACGUUAGUGUUAAUUAAAUUUUAUCUUCUACUUAUUUUCAACAAAAGAAAAUUACUGCUUUUGAAAUGAUUGAAUAAUUUUAAAAUUUAACCUUUAAAAAAAAUGGGAAAAUCAGUUUUGCCUGCCGAGUGCCAAGUUGUCAAGUACGGGCUGCAGUAAAUAUGCUUAACUUUUGGCUGUAGCUUCAACAGCCAGUUACAUAAUAUUUUUACAUUUUAGAGUAAGAAAGAGUGUAAAAUCUGGUUUUAAUAAAAGGAAGCUGCUGUGAA